AUGACAUUGCCAGGAACGAGUGGCUGCCUAGCGUACUCGUGGACCGACUACAACGGCGGCACGUGCUGGCUCAAGUCUGCUACGGGCUCGCCGAUUCCCCGAGUAGGAGUGGUCUCAGGCGUACUCUUCUAA